UCACCCAAGUUCUCUAGGAGCAGUUACUUAGACGCUGCACUCCUUAUGGGGAUCCUUAUCUCCAUCUUCAGGCGAGGCCAUCGGAAGAAGGCAGUGAUGGGUGCUCGCACCUCCACGACGUCCCGCAGCUCAGUGUCCGCAGUGGACACAGUCACUGUCAGUGUGGCACGAGGGCAGCCAGUGCCGGCCACGACACCCAGCUGUGUCCCGAACUACAGCACAGAGAAGACGGUGUUGAGGGCCCUGGGAGAGAGCGGGCAAGGGAUGGCCAAGCAGGAGGAAGUCCCCACAGUCACAGGGAAGAACGAUGACCAGAGAAGCGGCCCCAAUGACACCGGGGGCGCACGAUCUGCAUUUAGGCCCCUGGGGGGCUCUUUCUUCGUGCCCAGGCCUGGACCUCUGCAGAGAGACCUCCACGCCAAACCUCUUGUAUGA